GUGGUUGGAGACCGGCAGCGAGGUGAAAGCUCCUCUCAAAGCCUUCGGCGGCGACGAGAUCAACACCACAGGCGAAGGCGUGCGGGCCGAAAGGCUGUGGGCAAAUAGCGUGAAAGAGGAACAGGACUGCGCGGCCAUCGACAGGCGUGGACUUGACCGCAACGUUGUCGACGUGGAUUGCGACCUCGAGAUGGCGUACAUAUGCGAAUUCGAAGAGGUCAACGCGCCUGCGAAGUGCUUG